UAAUUUUAACCUCAUCUACUCCAUGUCCUAUAUAUAGCACUAUAAAAUCAACUCAUUUUUCUCCACUACACCUCUCAUAUUUCUUUCAUUAUUUACAAAUCAAAACAAUGAAAGAUCAGUUUCAUGAAUUAACCUUUGAGGAAUUUCUUGAAGAGAUAACAAGGCAAGAACAAUUUUUUUUCCAAAAAAAGGCUGCUGAGAAUGAGAAAUCUUAUGUUACUGAACUCUAUUUUAGAGAAAACCUUGAGUCUUCCAUAAAACACCCUUUUCCUCCCAUGCCAAAAAAUGCUACUAAAGAAAAUGCUAAUAAAGCAUCCAUUUCAGAAACUAAAUUUGAGAAAAUUAAUUUCAGUGAGAAGCUCCCAAAUGAUGACAUUGCUCUAAAGGGAAAGGAGGAAAAGAAUCAAAGAAUUACAAGGAAGAUGGUGGGAAUGUUGCUGCUUAGAACAGUUUAGAAUAACUGUAAAAAAUAUGCAGCUGUAAAAUAAAUAAAGUCAAAACUCUAGGAGUACUUAUAAUGGAGUCUAUGUGAUGCAUGUCUGUAUCUAUGACUUCAUAAGUUAAAUAAACGUAACAUCAUCUUAUGAUGUCUUGCUUGGAUAAUUUUUGCAUGACUUUGAAGUGGAAUGGGGUAAGUAUCAAAUUAAUUUUUAUAUCUAAA